AGGUGUUCUAAGGGACGUUAAUUAAGCCUCUCAACAUCAUUAGAGUAGACUAUCCGGUUCUCUAAGCAAACGUCCCACUUCGUAUUUGUAAGCUGGCUCUGGGUGGUUGCUGACAUACUUGAAGGCAGUAGCUGCACAACAUGACUUUUAUUAGGAUGCUGCAUUUACCAAACAGGAAGACAUUCUGUUCUGUGGUGUUUACGGCCGCACGUUUGUGCAGCAGCUGCCCACCAGCUGCGUGCAAAAACCCGGUGGUUUACUUUGAUAUUGCUGCUGACAACGAACCGCUUGGCAGAAUUAGCUUUGAGCUUAAUGCAGACGUAGUGCCAAAAACAGCAGAAAACUUCCGAGCGCUCUGUACAGGAGAACAUGGAUUUGGCUACAAGGGAUCCGUUUUCUUCAGGGUGAUCCCUCAGUUUAUAUGUCAGGGUGGAGAUAUUAUUUAUAACUUUGGAGGUGGUGAUAAGUCUAUCUAUGGAAAGAAUUUUCCCGAUGAGAACUUCAAGCUGAAGCACACUGGACCAGGUAUCCUGUCCAUGGCCAAUGCCGGACCGAACACCAAUGGAUCCCAGUUCUUUAUCUGCACCACUAAAACAGAUUGGUUGGAUGGCAAGUAUGUUGUCUUUGGAAAAGUAAAGGAGGGAAUGGAUGUGGUCAAGAAAAUGGAGUCUUUUGGUUCCAAGAUUGGGUACACUUCAAAGAAGAUCACGAUCACGGACUGUGGAGAGCUCAAGUAGAUUUAAUGUGGAUAUGGUCAUUGUGUAAUCUCAUUUCCUGGUGAAUUUCAAUAAAAUGACCAAAGUGAAAGAGGUUGGCCUAGAGUGCUUCCUCUUUUGCUGAGUGUAGAUAAAUGUCACAAGUACUGUGAAAAGAUUGGGGUAAAAUGUAAUUUUUGCCAGUGGGAGACUACUUCCAGCUGCAAAUUAAAAUUUGCAUGGGCAUAAAACUGAAUGCACCCGCAGUCCAAUCAGUUUGUGAGGUGUUCAGCUGCAUGGUCCUCAGUUUGAGAACAGGGUGGGAUGCACAUUCUGGGGGGGGUUUACAUCAGGAAUGGGCAUCUGGUGUUUAAAAAAAGUCUGCCAUAUCAGA